AUGGAAUCCCAGCAAGACGAUCGAGGGAUAGCAGUGAGCAUCUCCAUGGUGCUCAGUACAUCUUUUCUGAUUUUGACGGUCACAGGAAACUUGCUCGUGUUGCUCGUGCUAGGACGAGCAGGACAACUCAGGGCGACGGUGCGGCUCCUUUUGGUCAAUCUCGCAGUGCUUGAUCUCACACUUGGAUGCUUUGUUCUGCCCUACGUGGUCAACCCCUCCAACGACUCACUCAGUCCUCAAGGGAGUCCAGACUCGGCAGUUUUCUGCCAGGCCGUUGGGUUCAUGCGAGUGCUGAGUCUCUCUGGAUCUUCGUUCACUCUGUUUGCUCUGAGUUACGAGCGCUACGUAGCAAUUGCCUACCCCUUGAAACACAUGCACAUGAUCACGGUCGAGACGGUGGUCAAGUACAUGGUUGUAAUCUGGCUUUUGGCCGUCACCGUGGCAGUGCUACCAUUUCUGGGUUUGGGUCAGUACCUGUACUCACCUCACCAGUUCGUGUGUUGGCCAGAAGGGCACACUUUCACCCUCGUGUUCGUCUUUUUAGUCUUUUUCACCACCUUUGUCAAUAUGGUGUUCAUGUACUUCUGCAUCUUCCGAGCGGUCAGAAGGCGUCGCAGUAUCAUCCACGCCCUGGUGCUCCGUAUUGCGCAGGGUUUCACCGGCCAGAAAGUGGAGAGGUUUCGCACUACCACCACGAUUACUCUCGUGCUAGGGGUCUAUGGCAUCACCUGGGCCCCCUUCUGCUGUACUCACGUACUUUCCAUCCUCUUUAGGGCGUUCACGCCAGUUGCUGCCACUGAGAUGCUGACUACCUGUUUCCUCUUGUUCAUCACCCCCAGUGAUAUCACGGCAGCAGGUUUACUCAAGCUUAUCAAGGCUGAAUACUUCUAA